CUGGUCGAUUUGUCAGUCACAACCCAUCUCUUGAUAGAGCACGGCUCCUCAAAACGUGUCGCGGCUCUACUCCGUGAGGUUAAUUUUCGACAAUUAACUGGGAAUUCUGAAAAACGUCCCUUGAGGCGUAGGAUGCAAGAGGACACUCUCUACACAGCCAUAUGCCACUCUGCGACUUUGUACUCGACAAAAGAAGGAUUUUUCAAGGAUUUUAUCGAAGCUGUUACGGAAGAAGCUGGUAGGAGCUGGGUGAGCAAUUUCAACAAAAUAAACGACGAUCAACAGAAGCUAAUUGAAUGUUUCAACAAUAAAAAGACCACUGAAAUUCUACAUGGGACUCUUAAAAAUAUUCAAGAGCUGUAUCGGGGUAAAUCGAGCUUCAUAUCAACUCAGCGAAGGAAAGAAGGAAAGGCCUUUUUGGAGGAAAAUGAGCCGCAAAAAGCUUUGCUUCUCCUCACGCAAAGUGUGAUGAAAGCCCCCCAAACAGGAGCAGAUAAAUCAGAAUGGUGCUCAGCACUUUGGGAUCGAUCUCAUCUUCUGCUGAGUCAAGGAGAGUUCUCUUUCUGUCUUUCCGAUGUUCAAAUCUGUCUCAAGAAUGGUCUCCCCGAAAAUCUGAAGGCAGACGCUUAUUGGAGAAUGGCUGAGUGCUAUUUUGGAUUGAAAGAAAAUAGCAAGGGCAAACUGACACUAUUAAUUCUUGAGAAAUGGGUCGAAAAAGCUUUUCCGGCAGAUGACGCCCUGCUGAGGGAGUGGAAAACCAAAUUGAGGGAAAAAAUCAAAGAAGUCCCAAGGCUUAUGCCCUUUGAAGAAAAUAAACCGCACUCACACAAAGUUCCUACAUUGACAAAAGGGCCUCUCAUUGAAUUUCCAUGUGCAUCAAGUACUCUGCGGCUCACUGAAACAAAGGUCGGGGGAAAGUUUUUUGUUGCUCGUGACCCAAUAAAAGCAGGUGAUACCCUGAUUGUAGAAAAUGCAUUUGCUGCUUGCUUGCUGCCUGAGAAAUGUGGCACACACUGCCAUCAUUGUUUUCAAAGACUCAAAAUCCCAAUGCCUUGUUCAACUUGUAGCGGAGUCUCCUUUUGCUCAGUAGACUGCAUGGAGGAAGCAUCAAGCUCAUACCAUAGAUUUGAGUGUAAAUAUUUGGACCUCAUGAUUGGCGCAGGCAUGAGUAUUCUUUGCUUCAUCGCUCUUCGAAUCAUCACACAGCAGAAACUCGACUUCUUUCUUAGGGUGAAGGAUAAGCUAAAGGAUCCAAAGUCCUGCGACUAUGCUCAGCUCUACAAUCUUGUGACUCAUUCUGAUAAGAGAUCAUCAGAGGAUCUAUUUCAGCGCACCUUGAUGUCUUUAUUCCUUCUUCACAUUCUGAAAAAAUCUGGUUAUUUUGGUCUAGAAGCAACUUCCUUUACAGAAAAGUUAUCUGCAACUGAGGUCUUUAUUGGGAGCCUAAUCAUUCGCCAUUUACAGCUUCUGCAAUUCAAUGCGCAUGAGAUUUACGAAAUGCUUGUGAAAGCGGAAACUGAGGCUGCUUAUUGCAAAAUCCACCAUAAUAACAUUGCAGUUGGCAUUUACCCAACAGCUUCUUAUUUCAAUCAUGACUGUUAUCCUGCAGUAAGUCGUUAUUUUGUUGGAAACAAAAUUGUCUUGAAAGCUCUACGUCCUUUGGCGACCAAUGAAGCUGUCACUGAAAACUAUGGGCCAAUCUUUACGAAACGAGCACGGACUGAGAGACAACGAGCCCUUCUGUCUCGCUACAGAUUUCAAUGUGAAUGCAGAGCAUGUCUAGAAAAUUGGCCUCUAUUUGAUAAUCUCGAUGAUACUUAUCAAAUCAGGUGUCCAAGUCCGAAUGGCUGUGGAAAAACGCUAACCAGAAUCAGUAUCAACAAAAAUAAUAAACAGAAGUCGAACAAAAAGGACAUCAAAUGUUCCAGCUGCGGUUAUUGCGCAGAGUCGUCAUUUUUGCAAAAGACAGAGGAGCUCAUACAUAGUUUGGAUAAAAAAUAUCAAGAAGGCAAAAAGGAACUCGAUAGAGGCAACAUUUCAGCAGCCAUCUCCUCUUUGUCAGCUUAUUCAAAUGAAAUAUCAGCUCUUUGUAUCCCUCCUGUAAAAACUUUGACUCUAGCUCAUGAAGCUUUGCGCAUAUGCUGGGCCAAUGAUGGAAGUAAAAUUAUUCUCCCAUAGGUUAAUCGCCGGUUUAAUCUUUCUAAAUCGCUUUCUUUUCACGAUUUAAGAUGGACGCAAGGAAAGUGCUCUCCAGCAAACAUAACCGAAGGGUAUGACAGUGUCAGGCACUGUCACCUGUCACAUUCCCAAAUCACAACCCACCCUGCAACUGCCAAAAAUAAUUUUAUAAAAACGUCGCAUUAAUGUUGCCGCAGCAAUACUUCUAGCUGUGACAGCAUGAUAAUUUUGCAACCACUUUGCGGUUUGGAAUUAUACUCAUUAUAAUCAAUUAGAGUCAGUAAUCAGAUGACAGUUCAAAUUAGAAUCAGAAAACAUGUUUUUGAGAUGUUUUGUAGAGCUCUGAGGAAUCAUAAUGUAUAGAUGAAAAGAACAAUCUUUUCACCCUAAUAUUCAUCUUUUAUUCGCUGGUGCUUGAUGCUGUUCUGAGAUGAAGAAGGAUGUCAAGCGCGGGCAUCUGAUACCAUUGCCAACAUGUCAUUGUCUAAUAUGUAUUUAGCCAAGGCUGCAUAGAUUGACGUUCAGUUUACAUGAGCCUUAUUCAAGUACCGACUUUCUUGUAGGUGUUGAUCAUGUCAGUAUUUUCAGAGCCAAUAAUGUGUUCAAAGGGGUUAAUGAGUAGUAAAUUCCACCCUCCUUGUCACUCCUAGAUUUGAUUGAUUUCCAGCAAGUUUUUUAAGGGCACAGAGAUGCAUCUUCAAGGAUUUUUGUUCUGAAUUAGUUCUCUCAAGCUAAAAAUGCUGUUUUCCCUAAUAUUACUCAAGCGCAGAUGAUGUCCUCAAGCUGUGUAUUUUAAUUAUUUGUUGGAGGUAAUAUAAGUUUAGUGUUGCUGAUAUCUGCAGGUGGGCAAUGGUUUGUUAUUAGCUACGCACUCUUGUAUUUCUGCCCUCUGAGUUGAGAGGGUGUUAAGUAAACACAUGGGUGUGUUUUUGGUAACAUACCAUUACCCACCCGCAGAAAAUAAGAAUACCAAGCUUAAAUUCAUCUGACAAAUAACCGAAAUAAAUACACUGGCUUCUUCAGAAGAGAUUUAUUUUUAACAGAGUACAUUCCUGUAAGGUGUCAAUAGGAGCAAUGAGAACUGGCCAUUAUCUCUACCCAAGUGGUGUAAGGCCAGUCGGAGUUCAGCUAGUUUGCUCUGCAGAACGAUAACACAUUAUUUUUUGGCAUUCCUCAGAAGUUAAAUUGGGCAGAAUCCAAGGAGGUGUUAGUGCAUAUCCCAACGCAUUCAUGCAUACCCCCAUUAGCCCCUUUUUAAUCACUCAACUAGUGAGUCAUUUAUUGUGACAAUAGAUGCAUUUUUAAGAUAGAAAUUUUUAAUAAAUUUGAGAUCAAUAUGAUUUGUAACUUUGAAACAGACAGUAUUAGAAAUAAAGAGUAAGUUUUAUUACCUGGAA